AUGAACGGCGAGAUGAACAGCCCGUCAGGGGGAAAGGCAGAUUACACCAAUGCCACUCUCCGCCCCAUAACCAUCAAACAAGCCCUCGACGCCAACCAACCCUACCCCGAAGCGCCCUACCAAAUCGACUCCGCCGAAGUCGCCUCGGUCACCUUCAUCGGCCAAGUCCGCAACAUCUCCUCCCAAAGCACAAACAUCACAUACAAGCUCGACGACGGCACCGGCGAAAUCGAAGCCAAACAAUGGAUUGAUUCCAUGACCGCCGACUCGAUGGACACCGACGACCCCACCUCCAACUCCACCAACAAGAACCAAAUCGAAUUAAACGGCUACGCCCGCGUCUUCGGAAAACUAAAAUCAUUCGGAAACAAACGGUUCGUGGGCGCGCAUUGCGUUCGUCCCAUCAAGGAUAUCAACGAAUUGCAUUGUCAUCUGUUGGAGGCGUCGGCCGUGCAUUUGUUCUUUACCCGCGGGCCGAGUAAUCCUAAUUCUGGGGAGGGUGCUGGGGGCGUGAAGGGAGGUGGGGAUUCGGCCAUGGGAGGUGUGAAUGGUGCGGAUGAUUUUGCGGCUGCGAAGGGUUUACCGGCUAUGAGUCCCGUCGCGAAGAGAGUUUAUCAUCUAUUGAAGACGGAACCGCAGAGUAAUGAGGGGUUGCAUGCUCAGUUGAUUGCGGCCAAGUUGAGUCUGCCCAUGCCGGAUGUGGCGAGGGCUGGGGAUGAGUUGCUUACGGCGGGAGUUAUCUUUUCGACGGUGGAUGAGCAGACGUGGGCGAUUUUGGAGUUUUAG